AUGGAGACCCUGGAGGAGCCUGAACUCUGCUUUCCACAUCUCCUCAACGCCUCCUGCAGAAAAUACGCUCGUCCUCACACUGAGGCAAUGCUUAUUUAUGUUCUACUGUCCUGCAUCUCUCUGCUCACUGCGAGUCUCAACCUGCUGGUCAUCGUCUCCAUCUCCCACUUCAGGCAGCUCCACACUUCCACCAACCUCCUCCUCCUCUCUCUGGCUGUCUCUGAUUUCAUUGUUGGUCUCAUCGUGAUGCCCUUUCAGAUUUACCUGAAAGAGCCCUGCUGGCAUCUGGGCGACCUGGUGUGUGUUCUGUUUUAUGUCUUAUCCUUUACUACAGUCUGUGCCUCAACAGUUAACAUGGUUCUGAUCUCAGUUGACCGUUUUGUGGCCAUCUGUGACCCUCUGCGUUACUCCACCAAAGUCACUCAGUGGAGAGUUAAGCUCUGUGUCGUCCUGUGUUGGAUUUACUCUGUCUUGUACAGUUUUCUGUUUUUAUACAACGACCUGAAGAAACCAGGCAGCUCUAACUCCUGCUAUGGAGAAUGUGUGAUUAACAUAAACGGAGCUCUUGACCUUAUUCUAGGCUUCAUCAUCCCCAUCUCAUCCAUCAUCAUCCUGUAUAUGAGGGUGUUUGUGGUGGCUGUGUCUCAGGCUCGUUCCAUGCGCUCCCACGUUGCAGCUGUUAAAGUGCAGCGUUCACUGACUGUGACUGUUCAGAGGUCAGAGCUGAAAGCAGCCAGGACUCUGGGUGUGGUUAUUGUCGUGUUCCUCAUGUGUUACUGUCCUCCUUACUGUGUGUGUUUGUCUGGAUACGACAUCACACUUGGUACUUCAACUAAUGACUUUUUAGUUUUUCUACUCCUGUCAAACUCAUGUCUGAACCCUUUGAUUUAUGCCUUUCUCUACCCCUGGUUCAGAAAAUCUGUUAAAUUUAUAGUUACCUUACAGAUACUGCAGCCUAAGUCCAAAGAGGCUGUUGUUCUGUAG